ACGGUUAUCUAGCCUAACCUGUAACCAUGGUUAUAUAUAAUGAUUUAACUUAAUUAGUACAGCUGCUGUACACAUGUACAAGUUAUAAAAUUAAUUAUGAUAAUUUCUUAUUAUGUUAAGAAUACAAAAUAGAAAUCUAUAGUAAUUUGUUUGCCUAACCUAAUACAAAACAAAAAUUAAAAAGGAGGAAAGUAGUAAACCGCUCUGCUAUACAGUGUACAAGUGUACAGUAGGUGUCGAUAGUGUAUCUUGUCAGUCGUCAUAAAGGUGUAAGUCACUAUAGUGUAUGAGUUAAUUUGGAUUCAAUGAUAAAUCAUACUGAUUAUUCUGAGCAAAGACAGUCUGUCAGCCUAUAUUAUUACCAAGUAUAUUUUAAUAUUUUAUGACCUAGGUUGAAUUAAUUUUUUCCAAAAAUAUUGCAUUUGAAGAGGUCAUUGUGUGUAAAAUUAUAUAAUAUGUUAAAACUUUCAAGUCCUCACAAAUAAUAUUUUAUUUCGUCCAAAUUUGAACUUCAAAUGACUAUAAAAAAAAAAUAAUAUAUAGGUAAAUAUUUUUAAAUUGUUUGGUUUCAGAAUAAAUUACUUAUGAGCAGGGAUGCCCACAGAGAGAGUCCAGUGGGUGCCUUGCACCCACUGGGAUUUUUUUAAUGAACAAAAAAUCAGUGCAUAAUAAUGUAAAUAUGUGAAUUUAUGUAUGACAUAAAUUAAAUUUUGCACCCACUGAGCUAAUAUUCUGCCGGCACCCCUGCUUAUGAGGGACCUUGUAUUAAAUUUUUAGAUUUAUAUUAAAUUAAAGUUUUUUGACCGAGCCAAAUGUUUUAUACAUAUCUACAAAAGAAAUAUUAAAAAAAUCCAAAAUGUAAAAUGUCUAUAGAUGGCUAUCAAAAUAUUAUGAAAAUUUUAUCAUUUUUAGAAAAUGAUCAAAUUAUUACCUAGGGUGAAAAUGUAAAGCAUCUACCAUUACUGGUUUUGGUGUAAAAGUUCCGUUUUUUAUUAACUUAUUUUUUUUUUAGGAUGCUUUUGAAAACUACUGGGAAUUUUUUACUCUUGGUCACCUCAUCAAUAAAGUCGAAACCCGAUUCACUUUUCUUUCAGAAAAAAUGUUGAAGUACUAAAUUGAAGUAUUUUUACUGCUAUAAAAAGUGCAAUAGACUAAAGAAAAUAGUAAAUACACAUAUUCACUCCAGUACCGGCCCAGAAUCUAAAGUCUAAAUGGAGUUUAGACUUAUCAGUUAUUGCACAUUCACACUAAUUUGGACUUAAGUACUAACUAGUAACCACCAGCUCAGAACAAUAGUGCUAAAGAUAGGUAUAUCCGAUUUCGUAUAUCUCUUUUCUCUUAAUUCGUGAUUUUUUCAUAAACCCAUAAACAACAAGAUAGCACCGGCCACCGGCUACCAACCGGCAAAUAAAUAACAAUGUAAUUAGGUGAUAACAUAGUUAGAACUGUGAUAGCUCGAACUGAAAUCUAAAUAUUCUAGAGCAUUUCAGCAUUCAGCAUGGCGAUGGCACGAAUGCACUAAUAGUAACCUAACCUGUAGCAUAACUAUUAUAAUAUUUAUUAUUAUUCUUUACUACAUUUAACUAUUUAAGUAAUUCAUAAUAAUAUAAAACCCAACGGUGGAAUGGAGCCACAGAAAGCAUCAGAUGCAGUUUUGAAAAAGAGCCUAGACAUUUCAUCAGAAAAUCCAACUGUAAAAGGUUAUGAUUGGAACAAUGGAAUCGACUAUGAACAAUUACUGUCAAUCUAUCGGUAUUCUGGAUUCCAGGCAACAAAUUUUGGAUUAUCUGUUGAACAGAUAAAUAAAAUGUUAGAUGAAAGAGAAAAACCAUUUGAAGAAGAUAUUCAUGAAGAAGACGAAUUUAUCAAACGCCGUUCAAAUUGCACAAUGUUCCUUGGUUAUACUUCAAAUAUGGUUUCAUGUGGUAAUCGUGAUGCAAUACGCUUUGUCGUCCAACAUAAGAUGGUUGACUGUAUAGUGACAACUGCUGGAGGAGUUGAAGAAGACUUGAUAAAAUGUUUAGCUCCUACAUUUAUAGGAGAUUUUCAAUUAAAAGGUAGCAUUCUCCGUGAAGAUGGCCUCAAUAGAAUUGGAAAUUUAUUAGUUCCAAACAACAACUACUGCAAAUUUGAAAAUUGGGUCAUGCCUAUUUUAGAUAAGAUGCUCGAAGAACAAAAUAUUGCUUGGACUCCAUCUAAAAUAAUUGAAAGAUUGGGCUUAGAAAUAAAUGACGAACAAUCAAUAUGCUAUUGGGCAGCAAAGAAUAAGAUACCCAUAUUUUGUCCAGCUUUAACCGAUGGUAGCUUAGGAGAUAUGAUGUACUUCCAUUCCUUUAGGAACCCUGGUCUUAUUAUUGAUAUAUUAAAAGAUUUGAGGAGAUUGAACACGAUGGCGGUAAAAGCAGCUAAUAGUGGAAUGAUUAUAAUUGGAGGUGGAGUGAUAAAACAUCAUAUUUGCAAUGCCAAUUUGAUGAGAAAUGGUGCUGAUUAUGCGGUUUAUUUGAAUACUGCAUCAGAAUAUGAUGGUAGUGAUUCUGGAGCUCGACCCGAUGAAGCUGUUUCAUGGGGUAAAAUAAAAUCAGAUGCUUCGCCAGUGAAAAUUUAUGGCGAUGCAACACUUAUAUUUCCACUUUUAGUAGGAGAAACCUUUGCAAAACGAUAUCAUAAAAAUAAAAAAUAAAUCAAUGAAAUAUAUUUUAAUAUUAUUUUAAAA